CGUACACGCGCGGCACCUGCGCGGCACAUCACCGGCUAGAAUGGACCCCUCCGAUGCGAUUUAAAUUGUGCGCGAUUGAGCGGCCGAAAAGUAUGGUUAUAAAAUAAUUUGUGAAAAGGAUCUCUGAAUUCAGUGCAGCAAGCAACUCGCACAAACUUCACGUUGAUGAAGUUGGUUGAAUCCAGGAAAAUUUUGAAAGAUGGCGAACCUUAAUAGAAGUGUCCAGGAUUCUCCUGCAAGAAGAAUAAUGGAGCCCGAUAUUAAACAAGCCGUGUUACUUCUGGACGAUGCUUUAAAUUCACCUACCAAAAGUACUUUAAGACUGUCGAGGAACACCCCAGGGAAGAGCGGUAUAUCGAGAAGAAAGAGAGAUUCUCUGGUGGAACGCAGCGUAACCCAUAUAGGAGAGUCGAUGCUUAGGUCAUCAAGGCUAGUGGAUACAUCAAUGAAUUAUGAUUCUCCAGAGCUUAUGGAAUUUGGAAAUGCCGAUGUUUCUGCCUCUUUUGUAGUAGCACGUGAACCAUGGAGUAAUGUUGUUGAUGAAUUGUUUGUGGACUUCCAACAGUCACUGCAGACCCACAAAUCUGAACAUCAAAUUUUUGAAACUGUAAGAGAUUUUAUUGAAAAUUGUUCAAAUGUCUUGCAGCUUUUAGCAGACAUAGGACACAAAAUUUCAGGAAAAUCCAAAGUAUUGGAGAAAAUGAAAUGGCUAAUAAAUGAGAGGGAAACUUGGCGUUUAAUUUAUGCAUUAUAUAAAGAUCGAUUAAGUAACCAGGAUGAAAUGGAACAAGGUGGUGAUAGAACACAGGCCAUUACCUCUCAUGUUCUUAGUGAAAAAGAAGUUGUUCAAGAAUUAUACAAGAAUGACUGUAGCAUAAGAGAGAGCCAGUUGGUGGUUGACUGGCUGGAGCAGAAUGCUUUGCAUUGUGAAGAAGACCAAAUACGAGUGCAGCACUAUACAGAUAAAACUGUUGCAUGGGAGAACACUUUGCAUCAAAUUCAGAAUGAAUCCUUAAAUAUUUCGUACUCAAGCUCUCGACCAGUGUUGAACAAAUUGGAUCCUGAUGCUCCAUUACGUGAACGGAAACCCCUACAUGACUUGGAUAUGGAAGAUGAAGAUAAACUUAUUAAAGGAGUUUUUCGGGAAAUUAGAUACGGACGCUUGGAAGAAGCUCAGAACUUGUGCUUUCAUUGUGGUCAACCUUGGCGCGCUGCCACAUUAGAAGGAUGGCGACUGUUCCAUGAUCCCAAUUAUGCAGAUCUGAGUAAUAGUUCUGGAGAAAAGUUGCCUGUUGAAGGAAAUCCUAAUAGGGACUUAUGGAAGCUGAUGGCUUGGAAUUUGGCAAGUGACACUCGUCUUCCAUUAUACGCUCGUGCCACACAUGCAGUCUUCUGUGGCCAUUUGAAUGCCCUGGAGGGUGUCUGUGAAACUUGGACAGAUCUCCUCUGGGCCUCCCUUAAAGUAAUGAUUGAUGUGAGAGUUGAGAAAGAAAUUAGAGCCACUGUACUUCGUUCUUAUGUGCCUCUGCCUGAUGAGUAUUGGCAGAACAAGUUGACUUUGCCAGAAAUAUUUACUAAAAUUGCUGCUAGUAAAAAGGCUGCAAUAUCAGAGGGAGCAGCCAAUCCUGAUCACAUUGUGCAGACUUGUAUUAUACUGAAUGACAUUCCACAUUUAAUGGCUAAGAUGUUGGAGUGGGUACCCAGUGCUGAUGCUCAAUUUUUACGGUUCAUGGCUCAUUUGGUAUUGUUUUACCGCUCAUGUGGCUUUGCUGAAAUUGAUGAGGUUGGAGAUUCCAUUUUGGAAGCUUAUGUGAAGGUGCUGAUGAAGAAGGGGGACCCCCAACUUGUUGCUUGCUACGUUGCCACUCUCCCUCAGGAAGACCAGGUGCAACUGUACGCCAACUUCUUGGAGAAUAUCACUGAGGAGAAUGAACGGACAGCCUGCCUCACUGCAGCUGAGGAUGCUGGCUUGGAUAUUGAAGUGAUUACAAAGAGAGUUGUCGAAAACAUACGAAAUCGAGAAAAUGUUGAUCAGCCGUCAGAUAUUCAAAUUGAAGCUACACCUGAAGAUUUGAUUAAGGUGUCUGCCCUGAAUUGGCUUAUUUUCUAUCCAUCCCAGCGUGCAGAGGCCUUAUUUCAAGCAAAUGCUAUGAUAAGGCAGUUUCUUGCUCUUGGUCGAAUGGAAGCAGCUCGGAAAGCUUUUAGUAAGAUUCCAGUCGAUUCCAUUGACAUUACUGUUCAAGAGUUCCAACGAGGUAUGCCAUAUGAGGCCUGUCAACAAUUUGAUAUGGAUAGUCUUCCAUAUAGAAUUGCGUCUUCCAUACGAGAGUACUUCUGUCAUAAGGCUUACCUGGAUGCCCAAGAGGGUUUCUCUGAUUGGUUUCAUCACUUCCACAAUGCAAAGCCCAUUCCUCCUGCUGAGCCUGCGGGUGAAGUGGGGUUUACAGAGAAGGUUUUGUUUGAUCACAAAAGAACUCAAUACAACAUGGAACUAGAACGUUGGAAGUUAUCCAUGCAGCAACAAACAAAAUCAAUAGAUAUUGGCUAUCCAGGAGACUGUGUCCUCUGUGCUGAUGCAAAUAUUUUGGCUAUUAUACUGCUACCUUCUAAAGCAUCUUGCCCUGAGGAAGGUCACAAUAUGACUGAAUUGUUAGCAACUAGGACACCAUGUCUCCCAGACAGCCAAAUAAUGGUAAAAAUUCAACUUCAUAAUGUUCUUCUGUUUCCUGAUGGAGGGUGGUUAGUUGAUAUCCAUUCAAAAGAUGGUCCCUUGGAAGAAGAAUUUGAUGAUGAAGCCAAAUGUAGAUUACAGCAAAUGGAAAAUUUGAGGAAAAUUUGUAUACCGAAGAUUGUGUUACUCCUGAUCAGCAUGAUGCAAAGUAUGGGGGACCAUGCAGAAUGCAUUCAGUUAGCAGAAACUAUUGUGUCAGAGCAACAUCAGAUUUAUAAGGUUUACACCCCACAAAAGAUGCGAGAAUUACUGAAAAAGAUUGCAGAAUCUUCACUUGAAUUAAUGAAAAACAAACGAGAUCCUUGGGGUCACCCCAUUACAUUUUAAUUUCCUUUUUUUUUUAAGGAAGUGGAUAUUUGUUUUGUUGUGACAUUUUAUGUCUUUGAAUUAAAAUCAUGUGAAGAAAGUUGUAGAAUGAUUGAAAAGUUGAUUAGUUUUUUAAAAUAUAUUCUUUUUGUACAUUUUGAAAACAUGAAUUUUGAUGAAUAAUUUUCCUGUCCACAAUUCCUACAAAACGGAUUUUCAUGUAAAUACAUAUUUUUACGUG